CUGAAGGAGAGAGAGGAGGCUGGAGAGGCUGAAUUAACGAGUGCCUGUUUACCUGGGAAGAAACAAGACUGCCAGAGCCGUGCUGCAGAUAUCCUGCUGACAAUACCUGAAACAAUUUAUUCAGAAGACAAAACUGGAUUAUCCUUGUGAAAGAGAAGAUUCAACGAUGGAGCCUGUCCAUGUUAAAGAGGAGAGUCUUGUACUAGAAUCAGUCCAUAUUAAAGAGGAGAGCCCUGUACUAGAAUCAGUCCAUAUUAAAGAGGAGAGUCCUGUACUAGAAUCAGUCCAUAUUAAAGAGGAGAGUCCUGUACUAGAAUCAGUCCAUAUUAAACAGGAGUGUCCUGUACUAGAAUCAGUCCAUAUUAAACAGGAGUGUCCUGAACUAGAAUCAGUCCAUAUUAAAGAGGAGAGUCCUGUACUAGAAUCAGUCCAUAUUAAAGAGGAGCAUCCUGUAUUAGAAUCAGUCCAUAUUAAAGAGGAGAGUCCUGUACCAGAAUCAGUCCAUAUUAAACAGGAGAGUCCUGUAGUGGAAUCAGUUCUUAUUCAAGAGGAGCUUCCUGAAGUAGACCAUUUUCAUGUCAAUGAGGAGGGUAACCAUUUUAAAACAAGCAGCUUGCAGGGCUCUCUGUCCUGUACAGAAUGUGGAAAGAGUUUCAGUCGGUUACAAAACCUGAGACGUCACCAGCGAAUCCACACUGGAGAGAAACCGUAUGUCUGUGCUGACUGUGGGAAGAGUUUCAGUGAGUCAGGUGUCUUGAAAAUACACCAGCGAAUCCACACUGGAGAGAAACCACAUACUUGUAAUGAAUGUGGAAAGAGUUUCAGUCAGUCAAAAAGCCUGAAACUUCACCAGCGAAUCCACACUGGAGAGAAACGACAUGUCUGCUCAGACUGUGGGAAGAGUUUCAGAUGGUCACAAAACCUGAAAUUUCACCAGCAAAUCCACACAGGAGAGAAACCAUAUGUCUGUUAUGACUGUGGGAAGAGUUUCAGUCAGUCAGGCUAUUUGAAAAAACAUCAGCGAAUUCACACUGGAGAGAAACAACAUGUCUGUGCUGACUGUGGGAAGAAUUUCAGAGAUUUACAAAACCUGAAACAUCACCAGCAAAUCCACACAGGAGAUAAACCGCAUCCAUGUAGUAAAUGUGAGAAAAGCUUCAACCGGUUAGCACGUCUUAAAAAACACCAGUUAAUUCACACAGGAGAGAAGCCACAUCACUGUAAUGACUGUGGGAAGAGUUUCACAGAGUCAGGCAACUUGAAAUUGCACCAGCGAAUCCACACUGGAGAGAAACCUUAUGUCUGUGCUGACUGUGGGAAGAGUUUCAGAUGGUUAUACAGCUUGAAAAUGCAUCAGCAAAGUCACACAGGAGAGAAACCUUAUCACUGCUGUCACUGUGGGAAAUAUUUUACUGCUUCCAGUUCUCUUAAAAGACACAAAUGCAAAGUUUAGGCAGAAUGUGAGUGUGAUUAUACCUGCACUGCCAGUCUUUUUAAACAGCAGCUUAAUAUAAAAACUGUGAGAACUCUGGUUAAUGUCUACAGAUGACACAAAUCCACCAAUAGUAAACACACUGUUCUAAAGCCAUCACAUUAUAAAGUACAUUCCUGGUAUGCAAUAAGGCCCAACAGGGUGUCUGUAUACAUCGAAUAUACAGACGUCUCGGAGCGUUGUGUGAUACGAGGUGAAGCCGAGUGCCUCCAACCCCUGAGAAGUCUGUAUAUUCAACGUAUACGGUGUGGGAGAAAUUCAUAGUUGUAAUUGAAUGUACUUUGUAAAAUGACAUUUCAAAUCUGAAACUAUGAGGCUUAAGAUGCUGUGAUGAUAAUUAAGUGUGUCUUCCCCCACCCUUCUCCCAUAACAUUCAAGAUCUGCUUCAAAGGACUGGAUAUUAAUAACAGAGAGUCGUAAAGAUUUAAAUUGGUUUUAGUUUAGAUUGCCUGCCAGUGUGGUCUUAUCUGUUAAUUAAGAAUGUCUGUGUGAAAGCCAAUAUAUCAUUUUCUUUGUAUGAAAGGUUAAGAUGUGCGACACCUGGUGGUUACGAGGUGCCAUGACUUUCUCCCAUGACUUGAAUUGUUACCAUGAAACAUGGAACGUUUAAGUGAAUAGAAAUUACUAAUUUCCUUAUUUUGAAAGUGAAUACAAAAACAAACCUUUACAAGGGUGUAAUAUUAACUUGUAUAGCAAGCUCAGGGUUUUAGAUUUACUAAAACUAUCAGUUUGAAAUGUAACAAAUAAGUAAAAAUUUAACUGAUUUAAGUUGGUUUUAGAAUCAUUUUAAUAACAAAUCUGCCGGACGCAAGUUUAAGAGUUGUUUCAGUAUGUUUACCAAAUCAAAUUGAAAUGUUUAUUGUGUUUUAAUGAAGUUCGAAGUGCGAAUCAUUCUUACAUUAUUUCACUUUAAUUAUUCUAUAACGUGUUUAAUAUGCUUGUAACGGUAAUUUAGUUCGGAGAAUGAAACUGACAUGUUUAUCCUUCUGUGAUCAAUAUAACUAGCUAGCACAAAAUGAAGUUUUGUUCUAUACAUGUUUUGAAUCCUGUUCUCUCUCUCUCUCUCUCUCUCUCUCUCUCUCUCUCUCUCUCUCUCUCUCUCUCUCUCUCUCUCUCUCCAUGGAGGAGGGUCGCUCCCUGUGUUAAUGACACACAUUGCUUGUGUAAAAGGAAGCGUCAUUCAAACUUUGUAAGCCAAUGAAAAGGCUGAUUUGGGUCAGGGAUUACAAGUGAUUGGAUCACCAAAGUAAACUCCUCUUUGGGCGCUAUAUUUAAAUCAAAACACGCAUGAACUCGUUCUCUUGGAUUCAGACUCAUCUCGUCAUGAAGUAAGCAUUGAGCCUUCGCUUGCAAUGGGGACCCAUUCAAGCAUCGUACGUAUCUUCAUCCUGAAGAAGACUCCUCGCCGCUACAUCCUGCAACUCUACAUGUUACAAAGAAGACAACUGCAUUCCAACAAGGACCACGUCUCCAGAAUAAGUGUUACGAUUCAAAGACUUUGAGAUUCAAAUAAAAUACUAUGUGUAGAAAGAUCUACAUGCAAACCAGAAGCAAAAACAUUGAAUACAGCGUAACACUUUGCUGAAAUUAAAAGUACACUGAUGCACAAUGAAAAAGCAACAGUCUAGGCUUUACAUCAAUAGCUCAUUGGGCACAUACAUAAUGUUAGUUACAUUUUAAAUUGGGAGCAGAUAGGUUUGUUGAUUGUUCGAGUUGUAUUGUUCCUUGGGAUAACAAAAUACUGAGCUCAAGUCAUGAUGUCAUAAAAAUGACAGGUGCUCAGUGUUUGUUAUUUGAGUUGAGUUAAAAUUGCCAAACUGAGUUGAUUAAGAAUCUGUAUAAAUAGCCAUUUGAAAAUACAUGAUUUUAAUUAACUCAAGAACAGCAAAAGAUGCAACCAUGCUCUGCUUAAGUAAUGAAGAUCGCCUGGUUGCUAUCGGCAUGAUUGAAGGCAUCUGUGAGAGAAGUUGCCCGGAGAAUGAGGUGUUCUGCUUCAACAAUCAGCAGACUAGUCCAGAGAAACCAGGAAACCGGCUCUGUGAGGGACAGGCCACGUCCUGGAAGGCAGAGGUCACCACACCAGCCCAGGACCGUUAUGCCGACUGUUGCGUUGUUCAAGCCAACCAGUGGAGCGGUGGAAGUGUGAUAAUGUAGGGAGGAAUCUCCUUUAACACAAGAACGCCUUUGGUGCAGAUUGAGGGCAACCUUACUCCUCAGCGAUACAUUGACCAAGUCCUUGAGGCAACAGUUUUUCUGUUCUUGCAAGGAUAUCCGGAAGUGUUGAUUUUCCAGCAGGACAAUGCAAGGCCACACAGUGCUAGGAUUACAAUUGCACGACUUCAAGAAAACAAUGUCAAGGUCUUGCCAUGGCCAGCUUUUUCUCCUGUCCAAUAGUACAUCUGUGGGACCAAAUCGCCAGCGCCAUCCACAGGAGACAACUGCAACUAGCCAACCUUCAAAGGAAGAGUGGCGGAACAUCCCACAGCAGUCUAUCCAGAGGCUGAUCAGGUCUGUGCGUCAACGCUGCCACGAUUAUGUUAAUGCUCAGGGAGGUCAUACACGAUACUAACUGUAAAGUUUUUAUUUUGACAGUGUGUCACGUUUCAUACGGAAAACUUAUGAUUCUUUGAUCUGUAUUUUUUAGUGAAUUUGUUUGAUAUCUAUGUUUAAAAUAUUUGAUUAAAUCCAUUAGACCUGA